GCUUCGGACGCGUUGCGAGCAUCCAUACGACGCUCACAAGGCCUUGCACAUAUCCUGUCUCCUCAAUCUUCUCUCAUUUACGCGCAAGGAAUUCUACUCAUCGACUCAAUCGACUGCUUAGCACGAUGUCACCCCCGGAGAAGAAAGCUCGCAAUGCAGGUUACACGCUAUACUACUGGCCAGGCAUCCCCGGACGCGGGGAAUACAUCCGGCUCGCAUUCGAAUACGCCGGCAUACCCUAUACGGAGAACUUGAACCCCGAAACGCUCGAGUCGACGAUCCAUGACGCGUCCAAAGUCGGCCACCCGCCGCACUUUGCGCCUCCGAUGCUCGAGCUGCCCUCGGGCCACACGAUCUCUCAGACACCGGCCAUCCUGAAUCACAUCGCGCCGAAGCUCGGGCUCGCGGGCGCGCUGGGGAGCAAGCUCGCGACGGGUGAGGGCCUCACGGAGGAGGAGCGGGAGAAGGCGGAGGAGGAGAGGAGCGCGGUGAACCAGCUGGUCUUGACGGCGUUGGACGUGAACAACGAGGCGCAUGACGUGCAUCACCCAAUCGCGUCCUCUAAAUACUACGAGGAGCAGAAGGAAGCGGCUCUCGAGCGCGCUGCAGACUUCCGUGCAUCGCGCAUACCCAAGUUCCUCGCCCACUUCGAGAACGUACUCACCACGAACCCCGCCACUGCCGACGGUGAACGGACAUACCUCAUCGGCAAGCAGACCACCACAGCAGAUCUAGUUCUCUUCCAUGUUAUGGAUGGCUUGCUAUUUGCGUUCCCCAAGCGGAUGGCCGCGGUCAAUAAAAGUAAAGAGUACGACCAUGUGUUCAAGCUGCACAAACGUGUGGCGCGCGAGAAUGGCAUCAAGGAGUACAUCGCGAGUGGGAGGAGACAGAAGUUCAGCAUGGGCUUGUUUAGGCACUACAAGGAGCUUGAUGGGGACGAGUAAUUGCACAGUAGCAUUAAAGCAGCAGGUUUCUAAAGAUACCGCUUUACAUAAUGCGCGAUCUGGAGAGCAAUGAUGGCCGGAACGUUAGCGAGCUAGGAGGCGAUGACGAUCCCAAGAGAAAGUAAAAUGAGCGUGACUUGAC